GAAGUGGGAACGUCAACAUAUGCGCUACUGAGAUGUCUUCACUAUCGUUUGUACCUCAUUCAGUUUCUUCAGUUUCUGGACACAAAAGGAAGCAUGAAAAAGCCCAUAAAAAAUCCUCAAAAAGGAUCAAGCGUAGUGAAGAGUCAGAUGAAGAGCAGGUGUAUACUGGGAAUGGAGCCGUUUACAAUGAUCAGAAUGAAGACACCAGAAGUCGAUCAUGUCCAUACCUGGAUACUAUUCGAAGGAACAUGCUGGAUUUCGACUUCGAAAAGCUGUGUUCCGUUUCUUUAUCUCACCUGAAUGUAUAUGCCUGUCUAAUCUGUGGGAAGUACUUUCAAGGUCGUGGAAAUUCUACUCAUGCAUAUACCCACAGUGUUAGUGAAAGCCACCACGUCUUCCUGAAUUUAGAAACUCGACGGUUUUAUUGCUUGCCAGAUGAUUAUGAGAUUUUAGAUGGGUCAUUGGAAGACAUUACCUACCUUCUAAAUCCUACUUUCAAUACCUCCGAAAUACUUACUUUGGACAGUUAUUCGAAAAUGGUCAGAGCAUACAAUGGUCUUACAUAUUAUCCUGGCGUUGUAGGUCUCAAUAAUAUCAAGGCAAAUGAUUAUUGCAACGUCAUAUUACAAAUGCUCAGUCAUAUCAGUCCAUUGCGAAAUUAUUUCUUGGAUAUCAAAAACUUUGAGAACCUACCUUCUGUUUCUGGAGAUCAAAUGAUGCUUUUGGUUCAGAGAUUUAGUGAACUUAUUCGAAAAUUGUGGAAUCCUCGAAACUUCAAAACUCACGUUUCACCUCAUGAAUUCUUACAGGCAGUUGUGCUGUGUAGUAAAAAGCGUUUCCAAAUCACUGAACAAGGCGAUGCUAUUGAAUUUCUUUCAUGGUUGGUUAAUGCAAUAGAUAAAGCCUUAAGGACUAAAAAAAUUCUCUGUCCCAAAGGCGCAGUUAAUAAAACCUAUAAAAGCAUAGUUUCAUCAACUUUACGAGGAAAGAUGAGAAUGUACAGUCGAAAAAUCAUGCCUGUAAAUAUGACGGAUGAAGAAAAGGCUUCUCUAGCCGACAGCCCUGAAUACAUGACUACAGUAUCAGACAUAAAUUUCUUCUAUCUUACGUGUGACUUACCUCCACCUCCAUUAUAUCUAGAUGAAUUUAAGGAAAAUAUCAUUCCACAAGUUUCAUUAGCUACACUUCUUUCAAAAUUUAACGGAGUUACAGAAAAGGAAUACAAGACUCAUCGUGAUUCUACGUUGCGUCGGUUUGAGCUUCGUCGACUUCCUCCUUACUUAAUUCUUUACAUGAAGAGGUUUGUUAAGAACAUCUUCACAUUGGAGAAAAAUCCAACGAUAGUUAACUUCCCCAUUAAAAGUAUUGAUUUCGGUGAAUUGUUGGCCCCAGAAUUCCGAAUUAAACAUCGGUAUACUACUUACGACUUGGUAGCCAAUGUUGUGCAUGACGGUCCCCCAACUCCUGGCUCCGGUACGCAUCGUAUCCACUUAGUACAUCGCGGUACUGGAAAAUGGUUCGAGCUACAAGACUUGCAUGUAAGCGAAGUUUUGCCACAGAUGAUACCCCUUAGUGAAACUCUUAUUCAGGUAAGCAAUGCUCAUUUCAUAUUUGUUAAAAACGAAAAUGUUUUCACUAAGUGAUUUAUAAUCUGUGUAAGAAUUUUCUACCGAAACUUCAAUUAUAUUUUUACUUUUAACUAGGUUUGGGCUGUGAAUAAGUCUAUACCUAAUCCAAGCUUCGUAGAACCUGUAAAAGUAACAGAUGAGGAGAUUGAUGGAGAAACUAAACCAGAAUUUAAAACGGAUAAGAACGAUGAGUGUGAGGCAAUUAAGAAGGAAAAGACUAUGGAUACAGAUAUUAAUGAAUCACAAAACUGAUCCGUCCUUUUUUAUUGCUUUUGUCAAUAAUAUAAAUUAUUGAUAAAUAUUAAGACUUACGUGCUUGUGAAGGUAAUCGGGAGAUUAUCACCCGAUUUUCAUAACAUGACUCGGGUGAAUUGUCUUUUCGAAGAAUGGAGCUUUCUGUCUUACCGUACGAUCAUUGUCGCACCUUCGGGUUGACGUUUGGCACAAAAUGCUCAUACUGUUAAUACAGCACGCAUUAAAUAAAACCCUGACUCGACAUUACAUCAAACCCGUCUACUAAGUAUUGUCUUGCGGAUUUAGAAACUACUUUACCUAUUACAUGCUGAAAAGUACUAUUUCUUACAACAGAAGUGUUGUUGGCGACCUAUUAACUUAAUCCAAGGUCUACCAGGUAUUCAAACAAACUUCGCAAACGUUAGUCUUCCUAUUAACAAUAGAUAACUAGUUCCCCUUGAAAUACUAAUGCACUAAGCAAAUCGAACCUAAAAACGGGAAUACAGAGCUCUUUUCUAUAACACCACUUUUUACAAUAGAAUCUCUACGCUAUCACCAGAAGUUGAGACGGUGAAGUUCGUUGUAAAAAUCGAAAUUCGGAAGUCAGUUUUACUAAGAAUAUACUUGUAAACACAGAUAAAGAUGGUCAUAAAAUAAAUGGAAUGUAUGCUUGGUAGUCACAUGAAACUAAAUAUUUGAGAUCAGUUUGUAAAUAUAAUAUUGCACUUCAAUAAGAGUAAGCUUGUAGAUUAAUGGGAUCGGAUUUUAGAUUGUACUGCUGGAGGAUUCUUCUUCAAUUGCAGAAGAAGCACACGCAUCCUGUUCAAGUCUCGUUGAUUGUCCUUUGUAUUUAUUGGGACGGUGUGAACGUUUGUUAUUUCUUCAUUAGCAGAAGUGACGAAAUUACACAACUGGCAAACUUUUUCCCACAAAACAGCUUGACCAGCAUCCACCUGUGACAUUAUGGCUGAUGCUUCGGCAGCUUUUUGUUGAGCACUAUGAAGUUCUUUAUCAUGAGCGCGGCUGAGUUUUUGUCCUCGAGCAAGAGAAUCGCGGUACUGAAGUGCCCAUUCAUGCAAAUCCUUUUUAAAGAAACAAGAAAGAUAGCAGUGUACCGUAGAGACUACUUCACACUUAUGUGGUUCUAUAGGUGCCAAGUAUACUAAGCAUGGGAUUAAUGUUAUUUGCGAGACUGAUUGUUGGACGAAUCAACCAAAUUUAAAAUGACUGUCUUGGAUUAUGGCGCGAAAUUCACUCAUCUAUAGUGCUAAAUGACAUGUCGGCGUUAUAGCUGAUGAUGAAAACCCUAACGCCCAGCUGCAAAUCCUAAUUCCCCACUUAACUGCAGUAAAUAGGUGGCUAUUCACAAGGUCGCCUAUAAACUAUAGUUUCGCCAUAAUUUGAUGGGUAAGCGUCUGCAGUGUUUAAACUGGUAAACCGGAGGGAGUUUCUCAUUCAUUACCAUGCUUUCCCCGAUUAAUUUCAUGGUAGGCACCUUUUAUAUCGUAUAUAUAACGGGGACUUAGAGUGAGGCAUUGUUAUAUCUAGUCUUGGGUUAUAGCAUCCUUCUGCGUAAUUCCUAGACUAUGUGAGUUACGUCGAAGGAUAUAAUAUCCAGUCACACAAGUCAGUACGUGUGAGGUUACUUGUCCGAAAUAUAUGAUUGUUAAUUAAACGGGAAACGACCAGUGAGAGCAAUUUGUUUUCGGCACUACUGAAUCCAAAUAAUAACGAUAUAUCUGACGCUAUUAUAUAGGAUUAUUAUGAUCUCUAACAUAAAGAAAUCAACUGAGAAUAUCGAAGAAGUAUGUUUAUAUCAACUAUCCGUUCCCGUGCUAUGGUUUUGAGCUUGGAAUGAUUAGUUUUGUCGAAAACCUCGAAGCCAUAUGAGAACUACUUCCCAGUAAAGUGGCUCAAGUGUUUACCUAUCGUACCUGUUUUUUGGUAUUCCGGAUGCCGCAUCAAAAAAAUUGGAGAACCAUUUUUCGCGUUAUUAACGUCUAAAUAGGUUUACGUUUUGGUUAGUCUAGUUUAAAAGUUCGGUUUAUAAUUCCUUUACGGUGUAACUAUUUUAGUUUUUAACUCGUGACAUGAACUUGGGAGCAAAGUGUCUUAACUCUGUGAGCACUGAAUGUAGUAAGGCAGAUAUACAUACUCGCGCGGUGUUUCAAAAAGGGCAGUGACUUUCAUACUUGUUGUGAUUAUCGUUGCUUUUGUGUAUUUGCUGUAUCAAAAGCAUUCUUGGUCUACUUUAACUUGAAUUAAUCCAGUUAAGGUUUGAAAUUUUAUUGAAAACUUUGUCUCGUGGUUCCUUCUUUUGCAUAUAGUCUGACGCUUGUGCUAUUAUUGUGGUCAUAUUGUUUCUUAAACCUAAUCUGAUUACAAUGGUUGGUAGUUCAUUCAAAUGUGGACAGCCGAACUGUUUAUUCCCCGUAGAUGAAGGGAUGCAGUGCGAUGAAUGCAAAAAAUGGUACCACAAGAUGUGUACCCGUCUCAGUCCAGCUGCAUACAAAAGAUGUUCUAAGCCUAACUUGCACUGGCUUUGUAUGUUCUGCUGUACUAACAAGACGACAUUAAUUCAAGAGGCUAUGAGCCUAUUGGCUCUAGCCUGUAAAAAGAAAGAUAGUGGGUGCGCUAGUAACGCAAGCACUGACAGUGAAGACUGUGUCAGUGUUGUAAGUACUGUUACAAAACGCACUGAACAACCUACUCUAAUUAAUGACAAAGUGAAACUUCCGUUACAACAAACGAGGAGUAAAUCACCACAUGGUAUUGACAUGAGUAAUCAUGUAUCUUUAGUAGAAAUUGAGGACCCGGAUAAGACCGUCACCGUCCCCAAUAGUCCCAAUGCAGUUGUCCUGAAUGACCAAAAAUGGACCGCAGUAAAGAGG